AUGGCUGUAACCAAAAGUCUCGAGUUCGCUAAAGCUGUUGCCGAUGCCAUUCGUACAAGUUUGGGACCUAAAGGAAUGGACAAAAUGAUCCAGGAUGAGAAAGGUGACGUCACAAUCACCAAUGAUGGAGCAACUAUUCUUAAACAGAUGCAGGUUCUUCACCCUUCAGCUAAAAUGUUGGUAGAGCUGUCAAAGGCCCAGGACAUUGAAGCCGGUGAUGGUACGACUUCAGUGGUGGUGAUCGCUGGAGCUCUGCUGGACGCCUGCUCCAAACUGCUGCAGAAAGGAAUCCACCCGACCAUCAUCUCGGAGUCGUUCCAAAAGGCUGUGGACAAAGGCGUGGAGGUUCUGAACGGCAUGAGUCGCCCUGUGGAACUGAGCGACCGCGAAACGUUACUUAACAGCGCCACCACGUCGCUGUGUUCAAAGGUGGUAUCGCAGUACUCCAGUCUGCUCGCUCCCAUGAGCGUGGACGCUGUCAUGAGAGUCAUCGACCCCAAAACGGCCACUGGAGUCGACCUGCAGGACAUCAAGAUCGUCAGGAAGCUCGGUGGGACCAUUGACGACUGUGAGAUGGUGGAGGGUUUGGUGCUGACCCAGAGAGUGUCCAACACCGGAGUGACCCGAGUGGAAAAGGCAAAGAUCGGCCUCAUUCAGUUCUGCCUUUCUCCUCCAAAAACAGACAUGGACAACCAGAUCGUGGUGUCUGAUUACGCGCAGAUGGACCGAGUGCUGCGGGAGGAGAGGGCCUACAUCCUGAACCUCAUCAAACAGAUCAAGAAAGCCGGAUGCAACGUCCUCCUCAUCCAGAAGUCCAUCCUCAGAGACGCCCUGAGUGACCUCGCGCUGCACUUCCUCAACAAGAUGAAGAUCAUGGUGGUGAAGGAGAUCGAGAGGGAGGAAAUCGAGUUCAUCUGCAAGACGAUCGGCACCAAACCCGUCGCUCACAUCGACCACUUCACCGCAGAGAUGCUGGGAGCGGCUGAACUGGUGGAAGAGGUGAAUCUGGAUGGAUCUGGGAAACUCGUCAAGAUCACCGGCUGCACAAACCCGGGAAAAACCGUGAGCAUCGUGGUCCGGGGGUCCAACAAACUGGUGCUCGAGGAGGCGGAGCGCUCCAUCCACGACGCCCUGUGUGUGAUCCGCUGCCUGGUCAAGAAGAGGGCGCUGAUUGCCGGCGGUGGAGCUCCUGAGAUCGAGCUGGCGGUGCGACUGGCUGAAUACUCCCGCACCAUGGGGGGUAUGGAGGCCUACUGCGUCCGGGCCUACGCUGACGCCCUGGAGGUCAUCCCGUCCACUCUGGCCGAAAACGCCGGGCUCAACCCCAUCGCCACGGUGACGGAGCUGCGCAACCGACACGCCCAGGGAGACAAGAUGGCGGGGAUCAACGUCCGCAAGGGAGGAAUCUCUAACAUCAUGGAGGAGCUCGUGGUUCAGCCUCUGCUCGUUUCCAUCUGCGCUCUGACUCUGGCCACAGAAACCGUCCGCAGUAUCCUCAAGAUCGAUGACGUGGUGAACGCUCGAUAA